AUGAAGAGGAAAGCCGAAUCACAAACCAAUAGCCACAAUGGCAAGGGUAUUCUCAAGAAACGUGCAAAGACGGUUCUCUCGGAAGAGGAGGUGUUGAACAGUUUCCGUAAGGGACUGUUUGCCAAGGAUGUUUUGCAGAAAUAUACAGCAGAGUAUGCGGAAUCAGAACCAUACAAGCAUGGCGUGAUUAACUCCUUGAUCAACGACACCCUUCUACGCUCUGUCCGCAAUGAAAUCCGCGAGAACGUGCACUUCACUCCCAAAGAAACCGACAUUUAUAAAAUCCAUCAAUCGGGUGAUCUGGCCAAUCUCGAUGGCUUAGAGGAUGCUGCGCUCGAAAAGCUGCCCAGUCUCCUGAGACUGAGGGAUGCGCUGUACUCGGAGACGUUCCGGAAAUAUGUCUCCGAGAUUACGGGGUCUGGGGAGUUAAGUGGCAGGAAGACGGAUAUGGCUAUCAAUGUUUACACGCCUGGUUGCCAUUUGCUGUGCCAUGACGACGUGAUUGGGAGUCGGCGCGUCAGCUACAUCCUCUAUCUCACAGACCCAGACAUACCGUGGAAAGCCGAAUGGGGUGGUGCUCUUCGAUUAUACCCUACGAAAACGUUCGAGGAUGAAACAGGAGAAAAGACCAAGACCCCCAGUCCAGACUUUUCGAAAGUGAUUCCGCCGGCUUGGAACCAGUUGAGUUUCUUUGCUGUCCAGCCCGGCGAGAGUUUCCAUGAUGUGGAAGAGGUUUAUCAUGCCAGCACUAAGGAGGAGUUGGAGAAAGAGGGAGGACGAAUUAGGAUGGCGAUCAGUGGGUGGUAUCAUAUUCCACAGAUCGGGGAGGAGGGGUAUGUUGAGGGUGCAGAGGAGAAGUGGGGCAAAAACAGCAGCUUGAUGCAACUCCAGGGCAAUCCGGAUCGGUAUGAUUUCCCUCAACAGCAGCCUGUUACUGUUGAAGCUCCUACGGAGCCGAAUGAAGAAAAGGGUCUUGAGGAGGCCGAUCUAGAAUUCUUGCUCAAAUACAUGGCGCCGACAUAUUUGACUCCUGAUACCCUGGAACAAGUUUCGGAACGUUUCCUCGGUCUAUCAAGUGUUACGCUCGAUGGCCUCUUAUCCAAAAAAUUUGCCGACAAAGUCCGCUCGUACAUCGAAGCACAGGAAACAGCCCCCUUACCAGAUGACAGCGCCGAGAUUGAAAAAAGCACCUCGUGGAAAGUCGCCAAACCACCACACAAGCACCGGUUUCUUUACCAACAGCCAUCCACAGAGAAGACCACAAGCGACACUACAGAAAUGAAUCCAAUUCAGGAACUGCUCGAAGUCUUCCUACCAAGCCGUCAAUUCCGCCGCUGGCUCGAAAUAGCCACCGAAUGCGAGAUCGAGAAUUACGAUAUCCUGGCCCGACGCUUCCGCAAAGGUCAAGAUUAUGCGCUCGCAACUAGUCACGAUGGGCAAUCGAGAUUGGAAAUCAGCCUUGGACUUACGCCUACGGGUGGCUGGGGAGUUGACUCCGACUCAGAGGAUGAAGAUGAUGAGGAGAAAGAGGAGAAGGAAGGGGAGGACGGGGAGAAUGGGGAGAAGAAACCCAAUGGGAAGCCCUCUGAGAAAUCGACCGAGUCCAAUGACAAGAAAGAAACGACUGAGAACUCGGAAGAAGAACCAGAUGACGUCGGCGGGCACGAAGUCUACAUGGCUGGCGACGACGACGACUCCUCAUCGAACGGCGACGCUGCAAUCUACAAAACGUCCUCAGACCCUGAUGACGACAAUGUCCUGUUCUCGAUGCCGGCGAGCUGGAAUAAGAUGAGUAUAGUGUUGCGGGACAGCGGGAUCUUGAAAUUCGUGAAGUACGUAAGUAAGAAAGCGGAGGGUGACAGAUGGGACAUUGCAGGCGCGUUCGGUGUUCGUGAUCUUGAAGAUGGAGACGAGGAGGAGGGAAAUGGCGAGGAGAAUAUGGUUUCGCUUGAGAGCAGUGAAGAGGAAGUCUUUAAUGGCUUUCCGGAUUCAGAGCAAAGUGAUUCGGAUUGAGAUGCUGGCUAUCUACCUAGACCAUGAGAUCUUGAGCAGAUAAAGGAGGCGGGCACUCUUGUUCGGACGAGUUGCAUAGCAUAGAGCUUUGUGUUGCCGCUCACAUUUGACAUAUGAGUCGGCUUUCGACCUGGUUCCCUUCAAACAUACACGCCCGGGUUGGCAAUUGUACGAUCUUAACGAAUAUAUCAAGUCUAUCAUUAAAUGACCUCCAGGGUGAGAGAAAACCAG